AUGCUAGAGAACUCUUCUCCUCCAAGGGUCGACGAGGCUGAGAUGACUCCUGCGUCCUGGAUGCUAAUCCGGAAGCAUGCUCUGGAAGUGGAGACAGUGAUGAGGAUGAACUCUCGGUUCGCCUCCAAGAGCCAAGGCAGCGAGCACAAGCUGUUGGAGGACUUCGAUGCUCUGAGAUCGCGAGGGGAGAUGCCCCUCGUCAAGGAAAUCCCUUCCAUCGUCUUCCCCUUCCUGGAAACCAUAUCGUCUCCUGAGACCACUGGCCCUAUGACGCGGGCAGCCCUUGAGGCCUGCGAGUGCUUUGUGGAGAAUCGCAUAGUCUCCAAGGUGAAAGACAUCCAGGUGGUGAUAGAGGCGGCGCUAGCAUGCAAGUUCGAGCAGAGCGACUCUGUGGAGGACGAGAUCGUAAUUAGCAAGAUGUUCAGAGUGCUGACAUGCGCAAUGGAGAUGAGGGAGGCAGUGCAACUGAAAGGCUCUCUGAUCCUGGAGAUCACGGAGACGCUCCUGCGAGUGACGGGGGAGAGCAGGUUCUCGGAGAUGCUGCGCAAUCAAGCUGAGAGCGCGUUUACGCGCAUCAUGAAGGUCCUGGUACUGAGGUUGCCGAGGCACCUCUCGUCCAGUACAUGGCGGAGCGAGUGCCGGGCUAGCAGGACCGACGACAUCUCCUGCAGCGGGGGAGACGAGCACGAGGCUGCGCAGAGAGCUCUGACGAGCAUGCCGUCGGUAGUGACCUGGUAUGGACGACCAAGCUCCCACACUGUGAAUCUGAUCAGCAUCACGACGUUCACGCACUAUCACGUGGACCCUGUGAACAACGAAGAGCUUCUGUGCAAGAUCUUCGAGAUCCUUGCGGAGCUCAUCGACCCCAAGAGCCGGACUGAUGCCAAGCUGCGGCCUGCGGCCAUGUGCGUGAUCCACGAUGGUCUGCAUGCUUCGGGAAAUGUCUUGGCGAACUAUGACAAGAUUCUAGCAGGAAAGGUUUUCGUCCCACCUGAUACCUUCACUUGUCCAUACCCUCUUGGAUCAUUCGCCCUCAACGUCGUGCAAGCGCUGUUCAUGUAUCUUCGUGACGGGCUAUUCUAUGAACUAGAGAUCAUCUUCUGCCGCGUCCAUAUCGGCCUGCUUGAAGAGAAGCUGCUGUCGGAGCAGAACGUCGUCAUCUUGCUGGAGGCCAUCGCCGAUCUCUGUCUGAUGAGGAACUUCAUGUCAGAUCUUUACGUCAACUACGAUUGUUCCCUGUCUAGUCAGAACCUCUACGAGAGGCUGGUGAAGCUGUUAUGCAAGCAGGCGUUCCCUGUCAGCGGGGUGUUACACCAUUCCCACACCAUCGCCUUCCGCUGCCUGGUCGCCAUGUUGGAAGACAUGAAGCGAAGGAGCAAGCAGCGGAACAGGCUCAAGUUUGAGAAUGGCGUCGACAGGUCGGAGAUCCUAGGCCAGGCCAACAAGUUCACCAAACAGAAGCUCAUCAAACGAAGAUACUCGAUCGCUGCAGAGAGUUUCAAUCGAGAUUGCGCAAAAGGGAUUGAGGUGCUGCGGAGCUACGAGCUGCUUCAUGAAGAGACAGCUGCGAGGGACGUCGCUCAAUUCUUCAAGGUCGGACAAGCUGUGGGGCUCAACAAACGAGUCAUCGGAGACUUCAUCGGGGAGCGGCAGGACUUUCACGAGCGGGUGCUGAGGGAGUACGCUGGCCUGUUUCGCUUCCAUGCUCUUCCUGUCGUGGACGCCCUCAGGCUCUUCUUAGAGACUUUCCUUCUCCCCGGCGAGAGCCAAAAGAUUGACCGCAUCACCGAGGCCUUCGCACGGACUUACUACGAGCAGCAGCAGGAGGAGGAGCAGGAGGGGAGCAGGGACAGGAGCGUGUUCUUCUCAUGGGACGCCGUCCACAUCCUCACCUUCUCGAUCAUCAUGCUCAACACGGACUUGCACAGCCCGCAGGUCAAGAAGAGAAUGACGCUCGAGGAGUUCGUCAAGAACAACCGGGGGAUCAACGAGGACAAAGCGCGGGGGGUGAAGGAAGACCUGCCUCGCAGCAUGCUGGAGCAGGUCUUCCACUCUAUCGCGACUGAUGAGAUCAGGAUCGAACUCAAGUCUCACACCCACACCCUCCACAACUCGCUCCUGCAUGCCGUCUUCCUGUCGGCCACCGAGAGCUCCCUGAGGAGGGCGAGCAUUCGUGCUGACCGCAUGUCUUUCUCUCACGUGGGGAACUACGGGCUCCACGACGAGGAAAUGCUCAUGUCCAGUUGCGGUCCAGCUGUUGCUGCCGUCUCCGUGGUGCUGGAUGCGUCAGGGUCAGUGGCUGAAGUGGAGAUGGCGCUGAAGGGCACGCGGUGCUGCGCAGAGAUGCUCUCGUCGUUCGGAAUGCAGGAGGGACUUGACAACCUGCUUGUCAACUUGAGCAGGCAGACACUGCUGACCUCGACCUCCUCCUUCUCCUUGGUCUCCGCGACGGUUCAGUUUGGGAGGUCGUGGAAGGCACAGAAAGCUCUAGAGCACCUGGUGGGCAUCGCGACAGCGUGUGGGGAUCAGCUGAGAAGAGCCUGGCACCACGUGCUGGACUGUAUCAUGACGCUCCUCUGCACUGGGGUACUCAAGAUCUCCUUCUACAAGCCCGCAGCCACCAGCGAGGAGGAGGAGGCUGCGGGCCCAGCGAGGCUGAGGGAGGGGCAGGACGAUGGGGAGGGCGGCAUGGCGAACUGGCUUCCUGCGGGAUGGGGGAGAAUCUCACAGUGGCUGGGGUCAGAGAAGGAGAGGACAAGGAGCAUGGAGCAAGAGGCUUUCCGCAAGGCGCGGGAGGCGACGGCUCGUUGUGACAUCCAGCAUCUUGUGGCGGAGCUUCGCUUCAUGUCUCUCGAUGCUCUCAAGGCCGUCCUCUGCGCCCUCGCUCCGAUCGCGCUAACACGCGCAGAGAUUACGGACGCUGAGGACGAGAAGCGGCUGAACUCUCCUGCCAACCUGCAUGCAGUCUCAACGAGCUGCGCACAAGAACGGCAGCUGCUCUCUCUCGAGCUCGCGCUCUCCCUUGCCCUGCAGAACCGCGACAGGAUCGAGAGCAUCUGGAAGAUCCUCUUCGAGCUCGUCUGCGGCAUCGUGUUGGGCGGUGAGCUGCUGCCCAUUGCGUUUCUCAGCUCCACUCUGACAUCCUUGUCUUCCCGCCUGCCCUCCCAGAGAGAAGGAACGGAGUCCCUGAUGACGUGUACCUGCGGGCCGUCUCUGGGGGGCGGACUUAUUCAAGACUGCAUCUACGAGUUCAUAUGGAAGCUGAUCGAGCUAGACGAUGCUUCAUGUGGGUCAGAAAGGCGGGAGGACGAGGACGAGGACGAGGACGAGGAUGAGGACGAGGAUGAGGACGAGGAGGUCGAGACUGUCGCUCUCCACACCAACUCGCAGUUCUCCGAGCUGAUCCAGGUCCCGUCGCUCCGUGCUCAAGUCCAGCUGACCGCUUCCCAGCUCAACAUGGACCUGAUCCGAUGGGGGCACCUGUGCGAAGCAGCUCUGGCGUACCUCGAGAGGAUGGAGCGGAUUGAAGCAUGUACCGACCAAGCUCUAGAGCUACUCUCCUUCAUCCUCCUCGACAAAUCGACCAUGCGGCGCAAGAAUUUUCUCCUUUGCACAGAGACGGCCUAUGAAUUCGCUUUGACUGGCAAGAAUGAGCGAAGUUCGCGCAAGGCCAUCGACUACCUCUAUGCCCUGCACCUUCGACUAUCAGCUUGGGAGCGCGGGAAGGACCGGAACAAGGAGGAGGAGGAGGGCUUUGACCUAUGGGCCUCCCCUCCCUUGUUCGUCCUCCUAACGAACCUGCCGCAGCAUCCCAAGGCAAGCAAAGACCGCAGGGAGUACGCCAUGCUCUCGCUAGAACGAGCCGUCAUGUCUUCCUUCCUCUCUUCUCUUCCUGAGGCCGCAUGGGAGGCAUGCUUCGAGAAGGUGUUGUGGCGUCUGCUCAGGAGCUUCUUCACCAACGUGGGGAACCUGCUCGACGAGCGUCAAGGAUCUCAUGCUGUGACGCAGGCGGUUGAGGCGAACCCUGUCCAGCAGGAGAAGAGCAGGCUCAGAGGAUGGCUGCUGCUGUGCUCCGUCCUCUUGCAGCACCUCCGGCCUCUGACGCAGCUGGGCUGCUUCGACAAGGUGUGGCUGGGGUUUCUGGACGUGACCGAGGAGUACCUUGUCAAGCAUCCUUCCCAGCUUGCGCUCGAAUGCGUCCCCCAGCACCUCAACGCCAUCCUGGAGGUGCUCGAGGCUGACAUCGACUUCUGGAGUGGCCGCGAAGAGCUCUGGAGCAACACCUGGGCCCGCCUCAACAACUUCUGCCCUCAGCUCCUCCAUCUUAGGACGUCAGACAAGGCGGAGCAGGUUGCUCAUACCGGUGGCGCUGGCACCGACGGAGAGGAGGAGGGGAGGGAAACAGGUCUGCCAGUAGCGGGUGCGAAGGAGCAGGAGCCGAGAGCACAAGAGGUGGGCGAGGCCCUUGCGGGGUAG